AUGAAUCCAAUGCUAUUAGAAGCCAAGUGUCCUUCUUGGGAUGAUGGAUUGCAGUCAAAGGGUUACCAUUCCAUUUAUGGCAUAGAGAAAUCUUUAAGAAGAUUGAUGAUUGUUGUUGGGGGGUUCAUAGAUGUUGAUCGACAAACUGAAAAUCUCGAAAAUUUGUUGGAGACUAGAAUUAGGGUUCAUAAACCUUCAUCGGGUCUUCUCAAGACUUCUUUCAAUGUUGAUUUUCAUGGAAAUUCUUUUCCUCUUAAAGUGAAGGUUUUUUCAAGCUUGGGGAGGUUCAGUCGAGAAAAUAAGUUUGCAGCGAGGAGGUAUUACGGGACAUCGGUGCAAUGGGCGAGAGGUUGA